UUUCACUUCUGUAAAAGCUUUUUGGAAUCCCUUUAUGCUCUGAUUUUUCUCAUUCUUGGGGGCAAAGGUUUCUCAGAUUGUCAUUUUUUUAUGUUUAAAGAUUGUUAGGACACAAUGUCUCAAAUAUUGCUUCAUGGGACUCUGCAUGCCACGAUCUUUGAAGUGGAUAACCUCAAGGGUGGCGGGGGAGGUAUCUUUAGCAAGCUUAUGGAGAACAUUGAGGAGACUGUUGGUAUAGGAAAAGGAGUUUCCCAACUAUAUGCAACUAUUGAUUUAGAGAAGUCUAGAGUUGGGAGAACGAGAUUGAUCGAAAAUGAACCCAGCAAUCCUAGGUGGUAUGAGUCUUUUCACAUUUACUGUGCACAUAUGGCAUCAAAUGUAAUAUUCACUGUCAAAGAUGAUAAUCCGAUCGGUGCAACUCUAAUUGGAAGAGCCUACGUGCCGGUUCAUGAUCUCUUGGAAGGUGAUGAAGUGGAUAGGUGGGCUGAGAUAUUGGAUGAAGACAAGAAUCCCAUAACUGAAGGUUCUAAGAUCCAUGUGAAGCUACAGUUUUUUGAUAUUACUCGAGAUCGUAACUGGGCUCAUGGAAUUCAAAGCUCCAAGAAUCCCGGAGUCCCAUACACCUUCUUUGCUCAGAGAACGGGUUGUCAAGUUUCUCUGUUCCAGGAUGCUCAUGUGCCGGACAAUUUUAUUCCUAAGAUCCCCCUGUCUGGAGGAAAGCAUUAUGAGCCCCAAAGAUGUUGGGAAGAUGUUUUUGAAGCAAUCACCAAUGCAAAACAUUUGAUUUACAUCACUGGUUGGUCUGUGUACACUGAGAUUGAAUUAAUACGGGAUUCAAGGAGGCAAAAGUCAGGAGGUGAUACUACCCUUGGUGAGCUGCUCAAGAAGAAAGCAAGCGAAGGUGUUAAAGUUCUUAUGCUUGUUUGGGAUGAUAGAACCUCUGUGGGUCUUCUGAAGAAAGAUGGCUUGAUGGCCACCCAUGACGAAGAGACUUACAACUACUUUCAAGACACAGAAGUGAACUGUGUGUUAUGUCCUCGGAAUCCAGAUGAUGGUGGAAGCAUUGUGCAGAACUUGCAGAUUUCCACCAUGUUUACUCAUCAUCAGAAGAUUGUGGUUGUGGACAGCGCUAUGCCUAGAGGAGGAUCUCAGAAGAGGAGGCUUGUGAGCUUUGUGGGAGGAAUUGAUCUUUGUGAUGGGAGGUAUGAUACUCCUUUCCAUUCACUUUUUAGGACAUUGGAUACAGCCCAUCACGACGAUUUUCAUCAGCCAAAUUUCACUGGAGCUGCAAUCACGAAAGGUGGGCCGAGGGAGCCUUGGCACGACAUUCAUUCUCGGUUGGAAGGACCCAUUGCAUGGGAUGUCUUAUUUAACUUUGAGCAGAGAUGGAGGAAGCAAGGUGGAACGGAUGUGUUACUCCAAAUAAGGGAGCUUGACAAUGUCAUCAUACCACCAUCUCCAGUAAUGUACCCUGAUGACCACGAGACGUGGAAUGUUCAGCUAUUCAGAUCGAUCGACGGUGGGGCUGCAUUUGGAUUCCCUGAAGCCCCUGAAGAGGCAGCCGGAGCAGGUCUGGUUAGUGGGAAGGAUAAUAUAAUCGAUCGAAGCAUUCAGGAUGCAUACAUUCAUGCAAUACGUCGUGCCAAGAAUUUCAUUUACAUAGAAAAUCAGUACUUUCUUGGAUCCUGUUUUGGCUGGGAUUCUGAUGAUAUCAAUAUCCAGGAAAUUGGAGCUCUGCAUCUCAUCCCCAAGGAACUUUCUUUGAAGGUUGUUAGCAAAAUUGAAGCCGGGGAAAGAUUCACCAUCUACGUGGUGGUACCUAUGUGGCCGGAAGGGAUCCCUGAGAGCGCAUCGGUUCAGGCUAUCUUAGAUUGGCAGAGGAGGACAAUCGAGAUGAUGUACAAAGACGUCGUCCAGGCCCUUAGUGCUAAGGGCAUCGAGGAGGAUCCAAGAAAUUACCUGACAUUCUUCUGUCUUGGCAAUAGAGAGGUGAAGAGGAGUGGAGAGUAUGAGCCUUCUGAGACACCAGAAGCAGACUCAGAUUACGCAGAAGCUCAGAAAGCUCGCCGGUUUAUGAUCUAUGUUCACUCCAAGAUGAUGAUUGUUGAUGAUGAAUAUAUAAUAGUUGGAUCGGCCAACAUCAACCAACGAUCGAUGGACGGUGCAAGGGAUUCUGAGAUAGCAAUGGGAGGUUACCAGCCGUAUCAUUUGGCAACCAGGAGGCCAGCGAGGGGUCAAGUCCACGGCUUCAGGAUGGCCUUAUGGUAUGAACACCUUGGCAUGCUGGACGACUCCUUCGUCCAGCCUCAAAGUGAGCAAUGUGUGAGGAAGGUGAAUGAGAUGGCUGACAAGUACUGGGAUCUCUAUGCUAGCGACCAACUCCAGAGCGACCUGCCUGGUCAUCUGCUUCGGUACCCCAUCGGGAUCGCCAGCAGUGGAGCCGUCACCGAGCUGCCUGGACAAGAGUUCUUCCCAGACACCAAAGCUCGAAUACUUGGUGCUAAAUCUGACUACCUCCCACCGAUCCUCACAACCUAAGGUCCACGUACGCCUCAUCCCAAAUGAAAUAAACACGUCGAUUCAUGCAAAUAAUGAGUCAUUUUUUAAGUCGAAAUCUGCAGAUAUCAUGUCACACUUCUACAUUUGUUGCAUGUAGAGUAAAUGAGAACUUGAUGAUGGUUCUUGAAUUAGAAUGUUUUUGACUGACUUGAAGUUUUUAGAUGAUGUGCUGAAUAGGCUUAAAUAAGUUCUCUUCAUGCCUAAAUUUUUUUGCUCAUUGUGUUGCUUGCUAAGGCGUAUGAUUCAUAUGUAGGUUUUGAAGGGAGCUAAUGUUGAUGAUUUUUGCAGACA